GCCCCGCCUGCGGCCGAGGGACGCGGUGAGGGGCGCCGCCGGGCUGGACAGGCGUCGCUCGGGUCUGGCGGCUGGCGGCGCAGGGCCGCCACAGGCAGCAACAGCAAGCAAGCAGCAGCAACCCUUGGAGAGAUGCUAAGUUUUGCUUGACUUCUACAGUGACAAAUACCUUGAAGAAGUUGGUACUUCUGGCCUAUGCUGCCAUCAUCCUACCACUCCCCAAGACAACCCAGGCUGGACAGGAGUGCCUCCCUCUUUUUUCCUCUUUGGUCAUUCAUAUCAGUAUUUGACUGUUUAUUUCCAAAUUUAACAAACCCCACCCCCAGAUCUUCAUAUUUUGCUUCUUAGCUGCUCUUGAAGGACAGUGACUUGUUACCACCUCAGCAGCAUAGCCUGCCAUCCCCAGCAGAUCUCCAGUUGCCUAUGAUACCACCCCGUCCUUUGUUUCACCUUGUGGUCUCCUAAAUGCUCAUCUCGUUAGCCUGGGUUUAUUUGGUGGUAUGGAGGGAUGCUGCCUAGCACUGACCUGAGAGUGUGUAUGACCCACUGACCCAAUGGACAUCAAAGGCCAGUUCUGGAAUGAUGAUGAUUCAGAAGGAGAUAAUGAGUCAGAGGAAUUUCUCUAUGGAGUUCAGGGGAGCUGUGCAGCUGACCUGUAUAGACACCCACAGCUUGAUGCAGACAUUGAAGCCGUGAAGGAGAUCUACAGUGAGAACUCCGUGUCCAUCAGAGAAUAUGGAACUAUCGAUGACGUGGACAUUGACCUCCACAUCAACAUCAGCUUCCUCGAUGAGGAAGUAUCUACAGCUUGGAAGGUCCUCCGAACAGAACCCAUUGUGUUGAGGCUGAGGUUUUCUCUCUCCCAGUACCUUGAUGGACCAGAACCAUCAAUUGAGGUUUUCCAACCAUCAAAUAAGGAAGGGUUUGGGCUGGGUCUUCAGUUGAAAAAGAUCUUGGGUAUGUUUACAUCCCAACAAUGGAAACAUCUGAGCAACGAUUUCUUGAAGACCCAGCAGGAAAAGAGGCACAGUUGGUUCAAGGCAAGUGGUACCAUCAAGAAGUUCCGAGCUGGCCUCAGCAUCUUCUCACCCAUCCCCAAGUCUCCCAGUUUCCCUAUCAUACAAGACUCCAUGCUGAAAGGCAAACUGGGUGUACCAGAGCUUCGAGUUGGGCGCCUUAUGAACCGUUCCAUUUCUUGCACUAUGAAGAACCCCAAAGUAGAGGUGUUUGGCUAUCCUCCCAGUCCCCAGGCAGGUCUCCUGUGCCCCCAGCACGUGGGCCUCCCUCCCCAAGCACGGACCUCUCCUUUGGUCAGUGGGCAUUGCAAGAACAUCCCCACUCUGGAGUAUGGAUUCCUUGUCCAGAUCAUGAAGUAUGCAGAGCAGAGGAUUCCAACAUUGAAUGAGUACUGUGUGGUUUGUGAUGAGCAGCAUGUCUUCCAGAAUGGGUCCAUGCUCAAGCCAGCUGUCUGUACUCGUGAAUUAUGUGUCUUCUCCUUCUACACACUGGGAGUCAUGUCUGGAGCUGCAGAAGAGGUCGCUACUGGAGCAGAGGUGGUGGAUCUGCUAGUGGCUAUGUGUAGGGCAGCUUUGGAGUCCCCUAGAAAAAGCAUCAUCUUCGAACCUUACCCCUCUGUGGUGGACCCUACUGAUCCCAAGACUCUGGCCUUUAACCCUAAGAAGAAGAAUUAUGAGCGGCUUCAGAAAGCUCUGGAUAGUGUGAUGUCCAUCCGGGAGAUGACCCAGGGCUCAUAUUUGGAAAUCAAGAAGCAGAUGGACAAGCUGGAUCCCUUGGCCCAUCCUCUUCUGCAGUGGAUCAUCUCUAGCAACAGGUCACACAUUGUCAAACUACCUCUCAGCAGGCAGCUGAAGUUCAUGCACACCUCACACCAGUUCCUCCUGCUGAGCAGCCCUCCUGCCAAGGAGGCUCGGUUCCGGACCGCCAAGAAGCUCUACGGAAGCACCUUUGCCUUCCAUGGGUCCCACAUUGAGAACUGGCAUUCAAUCCUGCGCAAUGGGCUGGUCAAUGCAUCCUACACCAAACUACAGCUGCAUGGAGCAGCCUAUGGCAAAGGCAUCUACCUGAGCCCCAUCUCCAGUAUUUCCUUUGGAUACUCAGGAAUGGGAAAAGGACAGCACAGGAUGCCUUCCAAGGAUGAGCUGGUCCAGAGAUAUAACAGGAUGAAUACCAUCCCCCAGACCAGAUCCAUUCAGUCAAGGUUCCUGCAGAGUCGGAAUCUAAACUGUAUAGCACUUUGUGAAGUGAUCACAUCUAAGGACCUCCAGAAACAUGGGAACAUUUGGGUGUGCCCUGUAUCCGACCAUGUCUGCACAAGGUUCUUCUUUGUAUAUGAGGAUGGUCAGGUGGGCGAUGCCAACAUUAAUACUCAGGACCCCAAGAUACAGAAGGAAAUCAUGCGUGUGAUCGGAACUCAGGUUUACACAAACUGAGGGGGCCCCAGCCCUCGUACCACCCUGUUCCCCCAGGAUCCAUCUGCCCUCAUAAAAGGGCUCAGGAGCAGCAGGUGAGGCUGCCCUGAGGAACAAGGGGCCUUUACCAAGGGGCAGGAAAAGGAUAGAAAAGGCGGCCUUCAUGGUGGAGAUUGACCCAGGAACCACUCCACACUCGGAUGGCCCUGACAGACUCCCACCCCUGAUUUGCCCAGUUGACUUCACCCUGUUUGUAAAUAAAACAAUAAAAUGGAAGGUGCUGUGGACUGGA